AUGGCUGCUCGACUAUCAAUGUGCACCAAAGAAGAACAAAGAGCUGUGAUCCUAUUUCUCUGGUCGGAAGGUGUGUCAGGUUCUGAAAUUCAUCGGAGACGUUUAGCACAAUAUGGGGACAGUGCACUACUGCGUAGCAGUGUGUAUGAGUGGAUCGAGAUGUUUAAAAGUGGCCGGACAAGUGUGAUGCAUGAAGACGGAGCAGGACGGCUGUUAACCUCUACCGCUGACGAAAAGAUUCACCAAGCUCGAGUGAUGGUAAUGGUGAACCAGCGAGUUAUCAUCAAUGAGGUAGCUCGGUUUUUGCAGAUUAGUCAUAGUUCUGCCUAUCAAAUCAUCCACGAUAUGUUUGGCUUCCAUAAAGUCUGUGCAAGAUGGGUGUCAAGAAAGCUUACUGCAGGGCACAAACGCAAACGUCUUAAAGUCUACAAACGUUUACUCGGUCGCUACAACAAUGGGGGCAAGGAAUUUUUGAGCAGAAUAGUCACAAGAGAUGAAACGUGA